AUGAUAAACAAAAAUGGUAAUAAAUCAUCUACUCCCGCUGAUAUACCAGACUACAACUUGAAUAAUAAAGAGAGUAUAGGAAAAGAAUAUAAAAAUGAGAAUUUGUCUAAUAAUAUGGGAUCUGCUAAUGAUAAAAAUAGUCUAGUAUAUGAUAAUAGUUACCAUAAUAAUAGUAUUACAAAUAUAAAAAAUGAUAGAUACUCUUCAAAAUUAUUUAUUUCAGAUAAUUCAACAAAUGGAUCAAUAUCUAAUAAAAAUAGUACUGAUGAAUCUUGCUCACAAAAAUGUAAUUACAAUAUAGUAGUUAGUUCUCAUAAUAGUGAUGAUUCAUAUAAAGAAAGAACAAAAUAUAAUAAAAAAAAAAGCUUUUUCACUGACUAUAAGGGAGCACCAAAUAAUCACCCAAAUUAUAACAAUAACAAAAAUCGAAUGUUCAAUGAAACUAGUAAUAAUAUUUUUUCAGGAUACUCAAACUAUGAAGAUAAAAACAGUUAUAAUAGUAGUAACACUACCCAUAAAGAAACUAGCUAUAAUAUUAGUGAAACAAACAAUAGUAAUUCAGAAAAUAGAAAUUUAUAUCAAAAAGGAAAAACUUAUAUAAAUCGUAAUGAUAAUAAUAAGGAUUAUAAAUAUGACAACAGUGUAGUUCUUUCUGGAGAUUCCUAUAAUGGCACUAAUUAUACUUAUAUUCCCCAAAAAAAUAGAGAGAACAAAAAUGAUGACGAAAAUAAUCUAGGUAAUUACAAAUUGAAUAAUAAUAAAAUAUGUGCAGAAGAAAAAAGACCAAGUAAUGCGUCUGAAAUGUACAACCUUCGUGAUGAUGAACGUGUAAAUAAUUUAAAUACUGAUGAUUUAAAAAAAAAUUAUAUAUAUAAAAGUUUGUGUAUGAAUAGAGAAAAAACAAUGGGACAUACAAAAAUAUUUGAUUAUGUUGAUUACAAAAGUGGUGACGAAAAUAAUAGUAUAUCCAAACAUAAAAACAAAACUAAUGAAUUUAUUCCUAAGUAUAAAAAUUUAACACCGAAGGAAAUACAUUAUAAUAGUUUAUCCGGAAAUGAUAAUAUAACUGUUUUAGAAGCAAACAAAAUAAAACUUGAUAUGAAUAGAAUUUCGAACAAAAAUACAGACCCAUUACCUGAUGUAUACCCAUUUAAAUUAUCAAAAGAGUAUAGUAAAAAUGAAGUAAAAUUAGAAAAGUUAUAUCCAGCUAAUUAUAAUUAUAUAAAUAAUUAUAACAAAAAUAAUGCAAAUAUAUCAAUUGAAGAAAGAAGAAAUAACAUGAAUUCAAGUCAUAUAUUUGAUUAUGAUUAUGACGAUAAUAAAAAUAAUACAAAAAAUGGACAUUAUAGAAAUACAAAUACGGUACUACCUCAUAUAUAUAAUGAAACCAAAUCAAAUGAUAAAAAAAAUACAGAAAAAGAUGAAAAUAGAAAAAAAUAUCCACUUUAUAGUGAUUUAUUUGGUAGAACAACACCAAAUAUUAAUCAAACUAUUCCAUGUGAAAAAAUAAUGCCAACUACAAUGAAUUCAAAUUGGAUGUAUUGCCCAAUUAAUAGUAAAAAAUAUUCAGGAGAAUCAAACAAAAAUUUAGAUUAUCUUAAAUAUUCCGGUAAAACUAAUUUUCAUAGAAAAUCAUAUUUCCAUAAUGAUGGAUAUGAUUGCCGUAAAAAAUUUCAAGAAGCUUUAGGUAAAGGUUCAAAAGCUUCAUUUCAGGUACACUUACAAUCUUUUAUAAAUCCAGACAAUAAUAAUGACACUGAUAAUUAUUAUAAUAGUACAAAUUAUACGAAUAUGGAAGUUGCUUGCAUGCAUUUAGAAAAUAUAAAAGACUCUAUAACUGAUGAUGAAAUAAAAGCAACUAUCAAACAAAGUGGAUCCUAUAUAGUUAAUUAUGAACCUGAAUUUGAUAUUUUUUCAAAUAAACGAAAAAGUAAUGCAAAAUUAUGUAUUAGACAUCCUAGUGGAAAAGAUAGCUUAAAAAUUUUAUUAAAUUUGUUCAAUGAACUUGGUAUAAAAGUUCGAAUUUUGUUUUAA